AUGAAAGGAUGGUGCCUGUUCGAACUAAACGAAUCCAGAGACGCGGGGGACAUCAAAAUGGACCUCAUCUUUAACAAACCCACUAGAAAUCUUCAGAUAUGGAUAAUGAAUAUCGAUAAAACACUGAAUAGGGGACGGGCAUAUGAAUUAUCUAACAAAUAUCCAUAUUCCAAUACGAUGCUGAAAGUUGAAUUCAUUUUGACAUAUAGAGGUGGCAAGAAAAAGUUUCCAAGAGGAAGAUGCAUUAGUAACAUAACGCCACCUUCUACAACAACACAAAUGCCCACUACGCAUGCGUCAGUGACACCACAAGCAAGUACCACGUCAGUGACCCAACAACCCACCACAACGUCAGAACCACGAUUCUCCACCACAACAAUACCGGAGUCAUUUCCUGACGUCAUACCGAUAUCUGUGGAGGGACAACACUGGAGCGUUGGAAAUGGCUAUAGAAUGACCGGAGUCUGUAUAUUCCAGAUUAAGCCAGUCCUUAACUCCUAUAACAUCAUGGUGGAAUUUGAUAAAGAAACUUAUGACAUGACGGAGUGGACAAUGGAUAUCGAAGAUCAACAGUUAAAUGGGCUAUGGUAUUACUUGAAAAGCAGAUGGCCUGAGAGGCAAAACGAAAUCAGAUUGCGGUUUCAAGUUGACUUUGAUUCUCUUCCUGUGCCAUCUGGAACAUGUACAAUUGAUAGAAAUGGUCAAACUCUGACACCCAAACCUUCAACUGCAAUGCCAACACCAACCACCAAAGCACCAACACAGCAACCUUCAACUGCAGCGCCAACACAGAAACCUUCAACCGCAGCGCCAACACAACAACCUUCAACCGCUGCGCCAACACAACAACCUUCAACCGCAGCGCCAACACAGCAACCUUCAACUGCAGCACCAACACAGCAACCUUCAACUGCUGCGCCAACACAACAACCUUCAACCACUGCGCCAACACAACAACCAUCUACUACUCAAGCACCUACAGGUGCCCCGGUAAAUACAGCACAUGACUAUGGCUUCAUUCUCCAUGAAUCUAUUUUAUUCUACGAAGCCCAGCAGGCUGGUUAUCUGACAAAUAACAGGGUUUCUUGGAGGAAAAAUGCUACCACGUUAGACAGAGGUAUUUACGGAGAGGACUUAACCGGGGGAUGGUAUGAUGCUGGUGAUCUUGUGAACUUUAACCUCCCUAUGGCGGGUUCCACCACAAAUCUUGCCCUUGGUUUAUUUUACUGGAAAGACGCCUAUCAGCAAGCCGGGGAGCUUGAUAAUAUGUACAACUCAAUCAAAUGGCCUUUGGACUACUUUCUGAAAUGUUGGAAUCCUAACAAACAAAUUUAUUAUGCACAGGUUGGUAAUGGUGAACAGGACCAUUCUCUUUGGAGACGAGCAGAAGACAUAACCACUGCCAGACCCGUCUAUUAUUUGGAUACCAACAAAAAAGGAAGUGACGUUGUAGGAGAGACGGUAGCAGCCAUGGCCGCUGGGGCUAUGGUCUUUAAAGAUAAAGAUGCAGCAUAUUCCCAAAAACUUCAAUCCAGUGCCGAGAGCUUGUACAGUUUCUCCAAGACAAUUAAAGGCUUAUACAACAAUGACAUUAGUGACGGGGCUAAAUUCUACAGUUCCUCUCGGUACCAAGAUGAAAUGUGUACCAGUGCGACUUUACUGUACCUUUUGACGAAUGACGCCGCCUACCUAACUGAAGCCGAGGCUGCUUAUAAUGAGUAUGCCAGCGAUAGCGCCCCCUGGGCUUUUGACUGGGACGAUAAAACUGCUUUGUGCCAGGUCCUUCUAUAUGUAGCUACGCAAAAACCUGUUUAUAAAUCCAGAACCGAGAAAUUUGUGACGUCAUACAUGCCGGGUGGCUCCCUGCCCUAUACGAAUUGUGGCCUAGCCUUUCGGUUGGAAUGGGGCUCACUGCGAUAUUCUGCAAAUGCUGCUUUCAUCUCGCUUCUAGCAGCACAAAAUGGUAUUGGAAAUGCUGACUCUUACAAGACAUGGGCAAUGUCACAGAUUCACUACAUGGUCGGCGAUAAUAACCGAGACUUUAGUUACUUAAUAGGCUAUGGAACAAGUUACCCCUUAAAACCACAUCAUAGUGGAAGUUCCUGUUCUCCUGCGCCUGCGCCUUGUGACUGGAGUACGUACGGAAGCAGCGAUCCAAAUCCCAACGUUCUCAGGGGCGCCCUGGUAGGCGGGCCAGACAUAAAUGAUAAUUACGUUGACGACAGAAAUAAUUUUAAAACAAAUGAGGUCACAUGUGACUACAAUGCCGGCUUUCAGUCAGCCGUAGCAGGAUUGCUCCAUUUUGCUUUGAAUGGAAACCUCCCGACGUCUCCGGCGCGGAAAUGCUAAGAAAUAAAUUGGUGCUC